UAGUAAGUGUAAAUGCUCAGUAAAGUGAAUGUGUGUCCCACAUACGUUCGCACACAUCCAAAAAGACAGCCUGAAUGGGUGAAGUGCCAAGACUGAGAUACGGAGGCGAUUUAAAAGAUUAUUAGAAAAUGGAGGAUGACACACUGGAGGAGGAUAGCUGCAGCAUUUACCCGGCGGUGCUGCCCACUGGAACUGAAAUCCGAGCCCGGGUACAUCGCUUUGUGGAGGAACAGAUGCAGGCCACUAUGUGGACUGGUGCUCUACUUGGGGCUGCAGUGGUCAUCUCCGCCAUUGGCAUAAUCGUGUGUUUACUGUACAGAAGACGGAAGGCUCAGCAAGAGCAAGCAGGAGUGCCUCAUUAUCGCUUCAGGAAAAGAGACAAAGUGCUUUUCUAUGGCCGUAAGAUUAUGAGACAAGUGCAGACUCUGUCCUCUCCUCCCUCCAAUGGUCCAGUGUCCCGACAGCGCACUCGCAAGAGAACCAAAGUCCUUUCGAUAGCACGCAAGUUUCUGCGUAUCCGCAGUGCGCCCCCAACCCUUCAGCCCAAAGAGCCUCCUCCCUCGGUUCUGGAGGCUGACCUAACUGAGUUUGACGUCCAGAACUCUCACCUGCCCUCCGAGGUCCUGUACAUGCUCAAGAACGUCAGGCUUCUGGGUCACUUUGAGAAGCCUCUGUUCCUGGAGCUGUGCCGCCACAUGGUGUUCGUGGAGCUGCAGCAGGGGGAGGGCCUCUUCCGGCCCGGCGACAUGGACGACAGCAUCUACGUGGUGCAGACUGGACGCCUGGAGCUGCACAUCCACGAGACCGAUGGCACAGAUCCGGUGGUGAAGGUGGUCCUGCCAGGAGACAGCGUCCACAGCCUGCUCAGCAUCCUGGACGUCAUCACCGGCCACGCUGCCCCUUACAAAACAGUGUCUGCCCGAGCUGCUGCUCCCUCCACCAUCCUGCGAUUGCCUGCGUCCGCCUUCAUCUCCGUCUUUGAGAAAUACCCAGAGACUCUGGUCCGAGUCAUUCAGAUCAUCAUGGUGCGCCUGCAAAGGGUGACGUUCUUGGCUCUGCACAACUACCUGGGCCUGACCCAGGAGCUGUUCAACCCAGAGAGCCAGGCCAUCCCGCUGGAGUCGGUGGCCAGUGUGCUGGGGGAGGCCCUUCCGGGCAGGGGCCUGCGUAGGCAGUCACAGACCCCCAGCGCAGACGAGAUAGCCAUGAGAGAGAGGGUGGCCACCAAGCCUGCGGAUCCACCCAACGACACAGAGAAUGUCAAACAUUCACCAUCGGACAGCCCAUCUUCCAUGUUCAAGAAGUCUCGCUCCCGCUCCCUCUCCUCCCCUGCAGACACCUGCAACCUAGAGGCAGCUGUUGACAGCAACAAAGUGUUUGAACGUCCCAUACUGGUAAAGGAGGAUUCUUCUGCAAGUUCUGUCGCUAACAAGAAUGUCCGGAAGAAGAGUGUGACCAUGCAGACCUCGCCCUCGGCUGUGUUCCAUUACUCCACAAGCAGCCCCUCAGGCCACGUCCACCACAGCAAAAUCAACAUUAUCUUCCAAGCGGCCAAGAAAGACCUGCUCAAGGUCAUCCAGCUCCAGGACACCAGCUUGCUGGAGGGAAGGGUGUCUCUGAGACAAGUCAAAGCAGGCACUCUGCUCGCCAGUCAGGGUGACCAGGAUGUGAGCGUGCUAUUCAUCAUUUCGGGAACGCUGCACGUGUACCAGCGCACGAUCGACCGCAACGAGGACAGCUGCCUGUUCGUGGCGCACCCUGGGGAGAUGGUGGGUCACCUGGCCGUGCUGACUGGCGAGCCGCUGAUCUUCUCCGUGCGGGCCCUCCGUGACUGCAGCUUCCUCAGCAUCUCCAAGGCCCACUUCUACGAGAUCAUGCGGGAGGAGCCGCGGAUGGUGCUGAACGUGGCUAACACAGUGGUGCGCAGGGUCUCCCCCUUUGUGCGCCAGAUUGACUUUGCCCUGGACUGGAUGGCCGUGGAGGCCGGCAGGGCUGUCUACAGACAGGACGAUGAGUCCGACAGCACGUUUAUUGUUCUGAGUGGACGCCUGCGCUCCGUCAUCAUGAAGGACGAUGGGAAAAAGGAGCUGGCAGGAGAGUACGGCCGUGGUGACCUCAUUGGCGUGGUGGAGGCGCUCACGCACCAGAGGCGGGCCACCACGGUGCACGCCGUCCGCGACUCAGAGCUGGCCAAGCUGCCUGAGGGGGCACUCAACUCCAUCAAGAGGUCCUACCCACAGGUGGUGACUCGGCUCAUCCACCUCCUGGGCCAGAAGAUCCUGGGGAACAUGCAGCAGCCCAACGGGCCCCUGGCAGCUCACGGGCUGGGCCUCCAGACUCGGGCCAGUAAGUGGGAUACGAACCCGGCCUCCAACCUGUCCACCGUCACCAUUCUGCCUGCAUCCGACGAUGUGCCCCUGACCACCUUCGCCCUGGAGCUCCAGUAUGCCCUGAUGGCCAUAGGGCCCACGUUACUCCUCAACAGUGACACCAUCAAGCAUCAGCUGGGUGCCGCAGCACUGGACAGUGUGCACGAGUACCGUCUGUGCAGCUGGCUGGGUCAGCAGGAGGACAUCCACCGCAUUGUGCUCUACCAAUCGGACGACACUCUGACGCCCUGGACCCAGCGCUGCCUGCGGCAGGCCGACAGCAUCAUCAUCGUGGGCCUGGGAGACGGCGAGCCCACUGUCGGAGAGCUGGAGCGUAUGCUGGAGGGCAGUGCGGUGCGGGCCCAGAAGCAGCUGGUGCUGCUGCACCGUGAGGACGGCCCUCCGCCCAGCGGCACGGUGGAGUGGCUCAACAUGCGGAGCUGGAUCUCCAGGCACCAGCACCUGGUCUGCCCACGCCGCGUCUUCUCCAAGAGGAGCCUGCCCAAACUGCGGGAGGUGUACAACAGAGUGUUCCAGAAGCCGGCCGACCGCCACUCUGACUUCUCCCGGCUGGCGAGGGUUCUGACGGGCAAUGCCAUCGCCCUGGUGCUGGGCGGCGGCGGGUGCCAGUUGCACUCAGGAGCUCCAGUCAGGGGCUGCUCCCAGGUCGGGGUCAUCAAGGCCAUGAUCGAGGCUGGGAUCCCCAUAGACCUGGUGGGGGGCACCUCCAUCGGCUCCCUCAUGGGGGCGCUGUACGCCGAGGACAAGAGCACCAGUCGCAUGAAGGCCCGGGCCCGUGAGUGGUCUAUGGAGAUGACCUCCAUGUUCAAGAAAAUUCUCGACCUGACCUACCCAGUGACCUCCAUGUUCUCGGGGGCCUCCUUCAACAAUGGCAUCAGUGCAAUUUUCAAAGGCAAACAGAUUGAGGAUAUGUGGCUGCCAUACUUCAAUAUCACCACAGACAUCACCGCCUCUUGUAUGCGGGUGCAUACUGAUGGCUCUCUCUGGAGGUACAUUCGUGCCAGCAUGUCCCUCUCUGGCUACCUGCCACCCCUCUGCGACCCCAAAGACGGCCACUUACUCAUGGACGGAGGUUACAUCAACAAUCUGCCAGCUGAUGUUGCACGCUCUAUGGGCGCCAAGGUGGUGAUUGCCAUCGAUGUCGGGAGCCGCGACGAGAGGGACCUGACCAAUUAUGGUGACGCCCUGUCUGGCUGGUGGCUGCUGUGGAACCGAUUCAACCCCUUCUCACAGGGCAUCCGGGUGUUGAACAUGGCGGAGAUCCAGACGCGUCUGGCCUACGUGUGCUGCGUGCGUCAGCUGGAGUCGGUGAAGAGCAGCGAGUACUGUGAGUACAUCCGGCCGCCCAUCGACCGCUACGGCACGCUGGAGUUCGGCAAGUUCGACGAGAUCGCAGACGUGGGCUACCAGCACGGUAAGACGGUGUUCAGCGUGUGGGAGCGCAGUGGCGUGGUGGAGACCAUGCUCAAGGACUGGCACCAGGAGGAGUUCCACAAGACCCAGAACAGCAAUGCACACACCUGUCCCAAUGCAUCCUUCACUGAUCUGGCCGAGAUCGUGUCGCGGAUAGAGCCGGCCAGCAAGCAGUCUGCCCUAGAAGCGGAUGAAUCGGAGUACCAAACUGACUAUGAUGAGGACACGAUGCUCUCCGACUUUGACUUUAGCGAACACACCGAGGACGAGACAGCCGACACGGGAGACACGGAUGAAGAUGUGGGGAUUAGACUCCGGCGUCACCAGAUGGCGAACUCCACCUCCUCCUCGCCGUUCUUAGCAUCAUGAGAUGUCGCCACUGUCUCUACACUAAAGACUCCACUCCAUGAUGACGAUGAAUGUGCAAACUCUGCUGUCAUUAGUGAUGCAUAAAGUAGCCUAGUUCCCAGUGCAAUAAUUCAUGUUAAUGAAUUUGUUUUCUUUUAUGUGUAUUUUAUACCUAAUUCAAAGGUUUUCUUUUCUAGUGCAACAGUUGUGGAAUAUGUGCCUGGACAGAGGUUGGAUCCAUGUAAUUAGUUCUGGGCAGGCAUAAAGACUUAUCCUGGUCAGAUAAUCAGUCUGCUGACACAGUCAAAAAGUGACUGAAAGUUGGUAACACGCAAAGUUGGUCAAAUGAUUUGAGGUACUACCUCGUUAAUAUUAGAGAGAAAAAUGGGAUCUUGAUAAUGAAAUAUGAUCUGUUUUUCAUGGCACUAUACCUUUUGGAUUCAAUUGAAGUGAAAUUUGAAUAUCUGCUGGUCACAGUAUGUUAGUACAGUCUCAGUAUUUCAUAUGUGAAUUGUAUACAAGUUGGUCUCAAACUUUCAAAUGCACUACAAGUUACCUCUAUAUGCCAAGUUUGGGCAUGUUUAGGUGUUUAGAUAGUUACUUUUGUUUGUUGGUUAAUAGUUUUGACAUUCUAUGCAGUAUAAACUGUACCUAAUAUAAUGACUAAUAUCAAUGCAAUAUGUCAGCAUUUUGGUGCUGAAACUACUGUGAUAUUUGACAGCUGCUGUUUGUAAUGUGUGAAAGCAGGGCAAAGAUUCAAAAAGGGAAAGAUACCUCUAGUGCUGUUUAUUGUUUUAUGGUGACUUUAAGGUUUGAACAAAUCGUUUUACCUA